ACAUUGAAAUAGUUUUACUGUCAUUGUGUUUCGAUAUACACUCGCCUUUUUUUACGUUCCGAAAGUUCGCCCAAAUUCGAUGUUGUCGAACUGUUUACUCGAUGGACGAUUUAUUUUAAUUUUUCGUUAGUAAUUUUUACGUCUUUCAUUAUCUGUAUAUUUUAUUGUUUAAUUUUUUUUUUCAUUCAAUGACGCGAAAUUUUAUCUACUGUUUUUGCUGAACGAGGAGAAUUUUUUUAACUGAAAACCGCAAGCUUAUUUGAAAAGACACGCUACGCAGCACAACGAAGAAACUAAAAUGGAAAGCAGAUAAGAGCCACUCCAAAAACCGUAUGAAUUAUUUAUUAGACAUUACUUAAAACUCGCCGAAUACGACGUAAAUUACGAAAUUUAUUUUGAAAAAUUUUCUUUUUAAGAAGUUUGUUUCCGAUGAAGGAGAUAAAAUUCCAGUUACAAAUAUUUUCGCAAACCGUUUCUCUUUUGCUUUCAUUAUGAGUUUUGUCUGGUGGAAAGAUAUUAGAAGGAAAAGACCGCCAAUUCAUUUGCAAUAUUGGAGGUAUUUCGUGUUGUUGGAUGAAUUACACUUCUUCAGUAGAGACAUUUAAAUUACAAUCAGAAUCGUCGCCUUCGUCGUCCUCCUUCUUCAUCUGCCGCCGCCGCCGCUGCCGCCAUCGUACGCGAAUUUGCUCAAUGUCGAGGAGCGAAAGCGUCAACCAGACGGAGGCAAUGUUGUAAAAUUCCGCUCAUUGUUUUAAUACCUACUUAUUAAUUAGCUCGUAAAUAUUAGAUUAAUAUAUUACGUACAUAUAUUCAUUAUUUUAUAGUUAACAGAAAACAAAAACGAAACCAAAAAAAAAUAAUGUAUUUCGAGUAAAGUUUAUAUAAAAAAAACUCCUAGUUUAUAUUUCUCUCUUCCCCCCUCUCUCUUUCUCUGUCUAUCUCGUAUGUAUUAAGUUGAAAAUUCCAACGUGUUUAUUAUUAAGUUUUAUGUCCUGGUCCCGGACAAAAAGGGUAAAAAGCAUUUAUUUAUAAAUCACAUUAAUUUAUCGAAAAGAUUUUUUUUUUAUCUACAGUAUUAACGUUAAAUGUGAAAGAAAUUUUUAAAAGCUUCGAUUUCGUUUGAAUUAUUUUUCGCCAAGUUCCUAAAAAAAAAAUCUAAUUUCCGAUUAUAAUCGCUUUUUUUUCUCUCAUUGAAAAACAACAUCUUUCAAUUUGAAAUUAUUUUUUUUUCUUUUUUUGGAAUUUCGUGGUCCAUAAAAAACGUACGUAUUUUUAAGAUUGGGAUAAUUUUUUUCACUCGUUCAUUUCGCCAAUUUACAUUUUUUUAUCGUUAUUUUUAUUUGCUGGUAAUUUUUUUAUAUUACGUUGAAGGCGUUUUAAAAUGAACAAAAAAUUAUGUUUUUGUUUUUUAAUUUAUCGCAAUCUGUAAAACAAAAAAUCAUACGUAGAUUUAUAUCGUUUGAUAUGAUUUUACUAUACGAUAUUCUGUAUUGCAUUAUUUAAUCGAUACGUGAAGAAAAAAAGUACCAUCAGCAGCUAACCAACAGCAGCAGCAGCAGCAGUAAUAGAAGAAGAAAAAGGGGACACAAAAAAAAUACCAAUACGAAAUAUAAUAUACAAAAAUUCAAAAUCGUCGGCUACCGUUGAAGUCUGUAAGAAUGUUCAGACAUAUUAAUGGUUACCAGACGUUAUAGAAGUGAUGGAGAGAACGGAAUUAUUACUAGGUCCGAAUACGACAGAAAAAUUGUAUUUUACGUUCGACGAAAAAGAAUUUGCAGUUGUUCUAAACGAGAAUUUCAAUUUGACGAAUAGCUCGUUCAGAUUUAAUGAUACGUAUUUAAUAUAUGGCACAUACUACCCGAGCGGUUACUCAUUGCCGAGUAUCAUCGUAGCAUCGAUAUUUGCCAUCAUAUUGAUGAUAUUCGUAGUGGUUGGAAAUCUACUGGUGAUCGUCGCGAUCGCCACGGAGAAAUCAUUGAAGAAUAUACAAAACUGGUUCAUCGCUAGUUUAGCGGUAGCUGAUUUUUUUCUCGGUGUUUUAAUCAUACCAUUUUCGUUAGCCAACGAACUAAUGGGCUAUUGGAUAUUCGGUAGUUUUUGGUGCGACAUUCAUUCGGCGAUGGAUGUGUUAUUGUGUACCGCGUCUAUAAUGAAUUUAUGCCUAAUAUCGUUAGAUCGCUAUUGGUCGAUAACCCAAGCUAUAGAUUAUUUGAAAAAACGAACUCCAUCUAGAGCUGCCAUUAUGAUCGCGUUAGUGUGGAUAUUAAGCGCUGUUAUAUGUAUACCUCCGCUACUCGGAUGGAAAGUGAGAAGACCGCCGGAAGCGUUUCCUAAAUGCGAGCUAAGCAAGGAUAUCGGCUACGUGUUAUAUUCGGCGCUUGGCUCGUUCUACAUACCGAGCUGUAUCAUGGUGUUCGUGUACAUAAGGAUAUAUUUCGCUGCCAAGGCGCGAGCUCGUCGCGGUAUCCGAAAACCGCAAACUCGACCGAGCGCGAAAAACUCGGAUAAAGGUGGCUCGGCGACGUCGCUGCAGCGUAAAACGCCCAGCUGCAUAACGACGCCGCAAGGUCCAACGAUAUCCAUACCCAUCGACACCAAUUCGAAUAACAACUCGCCGAUGUCGAUAACCAUCGAGCCGCGACCCACCAGCAUACCAAUAGUAACGUGUGAUUAUGCCAGCGACGCUAGCACCAGCGACAAUAUGGAUGCGCCGACAGACCAUCGUGAUAUGUGCGGUAAAGAUACACUGAAAGUAUUCACGACUAGCGGUAAACCUCCUUUAAAUAGUUCCUUUCGCGGAUCGACGCUAUCGAUAAAUGGCGACAUUACGGCCAUGAAUCGAUGCAGAGCACCGAGCGUCGGUAUCGACACCGAUCUCGUCAGCGAAUUCGAUCCGUCGUCGUCCGACUCGGGCGUCAUGCAAAAAUGCGUCUCUGUGAAACCGCUCCGUUUGAGGCUGUGCAAACCUAUAUUCCGUAAAGGAACGUCGAAAGCUAAACGCGAAAUGAUCGACAUGGGUAAAUUGGCUAGUAGCGGGCAAGAGGUGCAGAAGGUUAAACAGCAGAAGCCUCGCGAUCCCGAACGCGAAAAAAGACGGAUCGCUAGAAAGAAAGAGAAAAGGGCAACGUUAAUAUUAGGGUUAAUUAUGGGUUCUUUCAUAUUGUGCUGGUUACCAUUUUUUUUGCUUUAUAUUUUAACUCCGAUUUGUGAUUGCCACAUACCUCACAUCGCUUUCGCAAGCGCAUUCUGGUUAGGUUAUAUGAAUUCGGCUUUGAAUCCGGUUAUAUACACUAUUUUUAAUAAAGAUUUCCGAAGAGCAUUUAGAAGGAUAUUGUUCAAGUGAAAUUUACCUAUUAUUUGUUCAUUUUUAUUACGACGAAGGAGGUCUGCUGGAAUUCAUCGCUGUCUCGUGCUUUUCGAACCAUUAAUCGACGAUUAUUCGAAAAAUAAAUUUCAAAUCAACGAAUUAUAUCUUACUGAUAGUGAUAACACUAAUGAGAAGGGUUCUAUAUCGAUGCAUAGAUUCAUCGAAAUGCACAAGGUACUGAACAUAUGCAUCUCUAUCAAUUUUUCAUCAAAUAAAAUCAUGGUUUCGUGACAAAAAAAUCAGAUUUUAUUGUGGAAGGGUUACUUUUAUGCUACAAAAAAAUCAACAAGCAAGUUUUUUCCAUUUUUUUUCUUUUUUUUUUUGAAGUUGAAAGAAUGAAGGAGGUACAAGUUUGGACAACAAAAAAAUCGGUCAUUUCUGGCAAAAGAAAAUUCAUGGCAUUUUCCAACAAAAUAAAUGUUCCAAGACUGAAAAUAAUUCAAACCCAAUAUGUAAAAUAAAAAAUAGCGGUAAGAAUAUUCAAAAAAGUUCGAAAAAAUCAAUCUGAAAUUAAAACAUCAAAAUUUCAAGGAAUCUAGACAAUCAAAUUUGAAACUUAAAAACUUAUAAAUUUCAAUCAAUACCAUAAUAUUUGUCUAAAAACGGAAGAAAAUCAAAAAUAAUUAAUUUUUUUGAUUUUGAAAAUAUCUACACUAGAGCACAAUACUCAGGAACCUACUUAUACCUACUGGUAGACUAUUGUUUUCAAUAUUGAAGAAAAAAUACCACAAAUAAUACCCCCCCCCCCAAAAAAAAAAAAUCCGGAAAAUUUGGCAAAUAUUGUAAAAAGUGGAAAUGUUAAAAAAUUUCCCAACCUUAAAUUUCAAAAAAAUUGAAAAUGUAAGGAAAGUAAAUGAUCUGCAGCAAUCCAUAUUUUUUUAUAGUCUUCCUUAGAUACUUCCUGAAAUUGUUGGAUUUUAUGAGAGAAUAACUCCCUUUAUCUUUUCCAUUUCUCUUCUAGUCUACAAAAUGUAUCAUCAAAAGCCCCCUACCUUUUUUUCAAAAAAAAAAAACAACUGAGAAACAUAUUUUUAUGUAAAAUUUGAAAUUUUUCCAAAUUACUUACUUAAGUAUGUAUACUUCAUUUUUUCAAAAAAAAAAAAAAAAAAAAAACUCUUUAACCUCUUAAUUAAUACCUAUUGACUCUUUCCGUGCAGGAAAGGUCCAAAAUUUCAGAAAUAAAUCAUAGGUACAAAUAAAGUGUAAAAUCGUCAAGCACUUUUCAAAAAAUUUCAAUUUGUGGAUAAGAAUUUCUUUAUUUAGAUGACUAAUUCUUUUUCAACACAGAGACUUCUCUAGUCUUUUUUGGAUCAUUUUGAACCAUUCUAAAUUUCCUAAACGGAGCACCAAAAAUUGAAAAAAAAAAACUGAAAAUAAAUAAAACUAAAAAAAUAUGUAAAAUUUUCAACAACUUUCGAAUUUUUGUACCAAAAUUCUUCCAAAGAAUUUCUUUAGAUGACUAAUUCUUUUUCAACACAGAGACUUCUCUAGUCUUUUUUGGACCAUUUUGAACCAUUCUAAAUUUCCUAAACGGAGCACCAAAAAUUGAAAAAAAAAUGAAAAUAAAACUAAAAAAGUUGGUAACAAUUUUCAAUUUCUAUGUAGGUAUAAAAAAAAAUAUGUAAAAUUUUCAACAACUUUCGAAUUUUUGUACCAAAAUUCUUCCAAAGAAUUUCGUUAGAUGACUAAUUCUUCUCUAGUCUUUUUUGGACCAUUUUGAACCAUUCUAAAUUUCCUAAACGGAGCACCAAAAAUUGAAAAAAAAUGAAAAUAAAUAAAACUAAAAAAGUUGGUAACAAUUUUUAAUUUCUAUGUAUAAAAAAAAUAUGUAAAAUUUUCAAUAACUUUCGAAUUUUUGUACCAAAAUUCUUCCAAAUAGUCAAAAAAAACUCCAUUUUUUGGUACCCCAAGUAAGGUUGGUCGAUCCUCACAUACAAAAAUAUCCAAAGGUUUAAAAAAAAUGGAAAACUUUUCAAUGUUUCCUAAUUUUUGAAGAUGGUCCUCCUCCUCCCUUUUUCAUGUAAAUCGUCGAUUUUUCGGUUGGGGGGGGGGGGUUAAAUAUGAAGCCCGACUCGUCACUUUUCAAAUGCAUAUUUUUCUCACGAAACUCCUCAAAGAGAGACUACCUAAGUACUUACCCAGGUAUUUCAAAAAAAAAAAAAAAAAAAAUGGGUAGAAAGUUUUGAUAUUUGAAAGUUUGUCCAGAUAUUUCAAAUUUAUUCAAUCAUUUUCAGAAAUCAGAGGAGCUGAACUUUAACGUUUUCUUCAUAAAGAAGACCAAAAGUACGAAAAAUAUAAGGUCUUAAAUGAAAGUAAUGACAGAUCGAACAUCAUGGAUAGGGAACUCUGCACGAUUUUUUCCAAGUUUUUCAAAGUCUUACAAAACGACAGAAAGUCAUACCUACAUUGUUAGAAAUCUUGGAAUAAUUUUAGUAGAUACUUCAUUUCAUUUCUUGAUCCCUUCUCCCCUCUGAUCUUGAAAGUCAAGAUCUAAAAGUCUAUUUCAACGUCCCUCAAGAUGUCAAAAAUUGCUCAUUUUUUCCAAAGCUUGCAAAAAGUUUAGAAAACGUGAAUUCUCAAAAGUUGAACUGACAAAUUGAUAUCGUUUAAUUAAAUAAAUGUAGGUACCUACUCCAAACAUUGGAAAUGUAUUCAUUUUUUUCUCUUUUCAAAAAUGUGACAGGCCUUGGCCCAAAAAACAUAUCCAUGCCUAAUUCUCUGCUAAAAUAAAAUAUGUACCUACCUACCUAUAAGAGGAAAAAAAAGGAACAAAAUUCGAUAAUAAUUUCUAUGUAUUUUAAGAAUUUUUUUGAUUUUUUAUGAGAUUUUUUUUAAGUCUUCCCCCACACAGUUCAAUUUUCAAAAAGAAGGUAACCAAUUUUCUCAAGGAUUAUUCUCAUAAAAACCAACAACUUCAAGAGGUGAAACGUAGAGAGGCAGAAAGAAAAGAUAAAUACAAUCAUAAGUCACGUUGAAAAAAAAUUACAUCAACGUUCGGACGAAAUUUGCUUCAAAAUUUUUUUCAAAAAAUUGGAACGAGCAAUAAAAGUUGUCAGAAAUAUCGAAGUCAUUUAAAAAUAUACAUAUCUUCAACAUCUCGAUAUGUCAAUAUUUUGACAUUCAUUUACCUAUCAGUAGAUAUCUUGUACAAUCAACUUUGAUCUUUUGAAUGAAUCAUAAAAUCUACGAAACACAAAAUAUUUAGCAUAAAUUGAAACUUCCAUCGCCCUCGCAGGUCUUAAAAAUACUCAUCGACAUAUUUCAUUUGCAAUUUUGAGAUAUAAAUUAAAAUUAGUAAAACCUCAUAAAGCUCAAAAAAACCAUGCAAAAUACCCUAAAAUACAACCAUAACCUUUUUGAAGCAAGCAAUACCACUAUUGUACUGCUUCGCAAAUGUGUUCCUGUUUCAUACCCAUCGAAACGACCACAAUUACAAUACCAUCAUAAAAAUGACAUAACAAAAUUAUCAAAGAAAACCACUCAUAUACCUACUUAAUAGGAACAUUGAAAUUAUUCAAAUAAUUCUAAUAUUUAUUCAAUCCUGUAUCUUUCGUGAUAAGAUCCAUUCAGAAAUUCAUACAAUUCAUUACAUAUUUUGUUAACCCCAUCAUAGAAUGGACGUUUAAUAUGACCCUUCGUCCUUUCUGAGCCGAAAAGCAACUCUACUCUGGUGUUAGCUGAUAUCAUUAGUUGGAAUUUUUUCAUUUUUCUAAUGUAUGUAUCACUGAUCUCAAUUCAUUAUCCUUUCGCUAGUGAUUCGAAAUAGUAAAGUAGAACAUUUUUGAGACACAAUUUUCGCAAAUCUUAUUCACUUUGUAAAGAAAAAAAAAGUCCAAUUUGAUAAGCAUAUAUUCGUAUUCUAUACCUACAAAAUUACUAAGGGAAACGUAAUGACCGAAAUUUUUCGCAGACAUCUUUCGUACUACCUACGCAAAGAGACAUGCAAAACGAACCAACAAAACUACCAAUUAGAUAAAAUCUCACGAAUAAGUACUACGAAACCCAUGUACAAUAAUAAAAAGACUUACAACCAAAAUACAAACUUCAAACGAAAAGUAAACAAGAUUUUAAAUUAAUUUUAGACGUUAGGUUUAUUUAUAGACCAAAUGGAAUAUAAUCAACGAUAUAGAAUGUCUUUUUGAAAACCCCAGACGAAGAAGAAGAAGAAGAGAAAAAAUUCUCAAAAACGAAACUCACUUCGGUGUGGUUUUUAAAUUAGAAAGCUUGUGAAAAGUUCCAUCUCGAAAAAAUAUUUUAAUGGGAUGUUGAUAGGUCGUUAGUGAAAAUGAAGAUGUAUUCUUCCAGCGGUACGUCACCUUUUAUUUAUAUUUCAGCUUAAGGCGUCAGAAAUCAAAAAAGGAAAAAAAAAUGUUUUUUCUCCUCGGUAGCCGUAAGAAAAAUAUGCUUAAAAGAGGAAUAAUACGUUACGGCAAAAUUAAACGAGUUUUUUGUUUCAGUUUGCGGUAAUUUUGUGAAAAUUCCAUAAAACUUGAAAGCAUAUUUUUCUUAAAAGGAAUAUCGAAAUGGACUUUUUAGAAUUAUCGUACGUUCGAGUGUAACCGACACUUUCUAAUUACUUUAUGACACGACUGCGUGGUUUCAAAAUUCACGACGAUUUCUUUAUAGGGGGUGGAAAAAAUACAUCAAAAAUAUACUUUGAGUUGGUGGAAUAAUGAAUCGAAAAAUUCGAAUCCAAUAAUUUAAAUUCUAUCGAACAGCAUAAAAAAUUUUCAUUUAUAAUAAUCACGUCAAAAAAGAUCGCAGUUGAUUAAUUUUUUUCUCGCAGUUUAUUCAUCAAUCAGGAGCAGUACAGUGGUAUUUGUUUUCUUUUGAUCUCGUUCUCGUAGUAAAAUUUUUAAAAGAAACGUUCCAUUGAUAAAAGCCCUCGAAGUUAAAAUCGAUACUUUUGAGGUGAAAUUUUCGUACACAUUUUUUUUCAAUCUUGAAAAAAUAAGGGCACUGCACGAGAAAGCGAUGAAUUUUCAAGACUUCCAAAAUGGCAAAUAGUUUAUAGAUUUAAGCGAAUUGACCGUACUGAAAUUAUAGGAGUCAAUAAUUUAUUUAAUGACACCAAGAUUUUUAAGUUUGUCAAUUUUUGUUUCGUAUAUCAAGAAUAAGGUAAAUUUUUCAUUAGUUUAAUUCGACUUCCUAUAUCAUAAUCUGCGCGUAAAUUUACUAUCUUUUCCAACUGUUUUAUUUUUUGUUCGCUCUCAAAUGUUAUUUUACGUUAAAAUUUUUAUCAUCGAUAUGUCAUUUUUAAAAUGAGACUUUAUCGUCGUAAAUGCGUUCGUAUAUAGUAAAUUUUUCGACACAAUUUCUCUCUUUUGACCUACUCACGUUUAUCAUCAUUGUACAGCACAAUAGCCGGACGAAAAUUUUCCACAUAAUUUUUUUGGGGGUCCGUUCACGACGACGGUUUUUAUACAUUUGGAGCCUCGUAGACGACUAUUGCGAGUAUAUUUCCUUCAAGGAUAUCGUGUUGAAUUUCGUAUCGUUUUGAUGGCCUCGAUUUGCUAGAUUAAAAGACUUAUCGCAAUUCAUGUCUUAUCGUAUCACUUGAUCAAUGUGAACAGUUGGUUCUUAUAUAAAGGAUUAUAAAUGAUAUCUCAAAUCUCAGCAAAUCUCUAAAUCUUUUCUAAGCAGGCUUCGCGAACACAGCGAAAAAAUUUUCCUCGCAAGAUGAACCGUGAAAAUUUACAGCAGAAAAAAUUUUUACGAGGUAGUAAAAUAUGAAAAUACAAACAUUAGUCGACUAUAAGGAAGUCUAGAAUAUUUUCAAACACGAUAGUAUUAUUCUUACUUUGAGCAGCAAUGUUGCUGUCUGGGAGAUUAAAAAUUCCAGCUUAUCUUUUCUUUUCCCUUUUUGGUGUUUGGGUGUAUCGUAUUUUCGUCAUCCAUUUUGAGAAAUUUCUCCUGGGAAAGGCUGCCUCUGCCUACAUUGUACAUACCUUUACCUACGAGUAUGGUUCCGGUGAUGUAAGUAAAUACUCGUAGAUGGUCGAAAAUUUGAAUAAUUUUUCAAGACGAAUUUAAUCAUUUUUUAUACACUAUAAACUCUCCUGGAAUCGUUUCCUCAUUGAACUCUUCAAAAUAUUCAAAGUUCAGUACUGAAGUUCAUCGAUAAUUGUCUUCAAUACAUUAGCUCUUGAAAAUAUUAAAUACAUUGAACACUUAAUCAAAAUCAAAGUGAACUAAACAAAACACCAAUUGAAAAAAACAGUCGUACCAUUUGAUAAAUUUUCCACCAUAUUAGGAUUUAAAUCACGUUGAAUAAACGUAAAUAAAUCAACGAUUAAAACAUUAAAAUGCUACUCGAGUAAAACUUGCUGCCAUUUUGACUGUGACAUAAAUUUUUUUCGCCAAAUGUCAAAGAAACGAUUUUUAAUACAUUUUAUUUUAACCAGUUCAAGUACACUAUCGUACUAUUCGCAUUUUAUACCAUAUCUACGAGUCCUUACACAAGGCAGAUAUUUCAUUAGUCACGCAAUCUGUUAUUUUUUUUAUUCCAUCUUGGCCUGCUUUUUUACGCAGCAAACAUCCAGAAUGUUUCUGAAAGGAAAUAAGAUAUACUCUUCAAGUUUUCUUAUAAAAAUGGCUUUAUAGAAAGCUCCGUAAGUUUAUUUUAGUCACGUUUUGAAUAAUAUAUAAGAAAAAAAAAAACACAAAAUAAAAUAAAAAUCACUAGUACCUACCUACGCUAUCCCCUUAGUUUUAUAAUUACAAGAAAAUAUUCGUUAAGAGUUAACUUUCAUUAAAAACUUGCGCAGGGCUUUUAAUAAAGUCAAAAAGUUUUCGCAAAAGUUGUCUACCUAUCAUCCGAGUUUUUUCUUCAUUUGAAAAAUUCACACCGUACUUAUAGUUAUCAAGGUGAUUUUUUUUUGCUCUCUGUUUAUGGUGGUUUUUUUUCUGCUGCCCUUGAAUAAUUCUUAUCUCGAAUGAAACGUUGAAUAAGAAUGGGAAAAUUAUAAAUUUUGGACCUGAAAUGAAAGUAAUUUCAAAUUUCGUCACAUUUUUUUUUUUUUUUUUUUGACUCAUAUUUUCUCAAGUUUGUGAAAAUUUUCCACUGUUUUUCUCGAAAUGAAAAUAGAAUAGGCUAAUGAGGAAACAAAUAACAGAAACCUCCUACAUAGUUUUAUUCGUAUUCGUGUUCCUCAGACCUCAGAGAUCUCUUUUACAAAAAAUCUCAAACUCAAAAAUUUGAAAUUAUUCUGGAAAAAUGAAAUUCACCCCUCAAUCAUUAAAAAAAAUAAAAAUUUUAUAAAUUAUAUUGGAAUAGAAAAUCCUAUAAAAUUUGAUUUAAAGUCGAGAAUUUCAAACAACAAAUUUUUCUCAUCCCAGUUAGGAUUUUAAGAUCAGUACCACCUCAAAUAAAGUAUGUUUCAACAUCAUUCAUCGAGAUUAGGCUGAUGAGAAAUUUUCCAUUGAAAUAUUCUUUUCAGUAUAUAAUAAAUUGUCUUUUCUCUCCCCUACCCUUGUCAGAGCACCAUGAACACUAGAAAAAAAAUUCAGAAUGAAAAAUGAUUCACUUUUGAUGUUGUACAAAAUUUUUGUUUUAAACACAUUUUUCUCAUUUUGUUUUGUAGUCAUGAAAGAGUUCAUAGAUAUAAAGAGGGAAGAGGUCAGUUUUUUUUUUCAAAAUUUGAUCACUUCUAGCUCCAUGAAAAAAAUUUUAGAACACAAAUACUUUCUGUUGUGAUUUUACACCUCCACAUACUUUUAUGUGUACUCACUAUUUUACAUAAUUUGAACAGUUAUGGCGGAAAAACCAAAAUCUGAACUUCUUUUGAGUCCUUGAAUGAGGAACAAUAGGUACCUACUCAAAAUUAUAGAUCAUCAGUGGUCACAAAAAGCAUUGGUACAACUCAAAAAAUGGCAACUUUUUAAAAUUGAUGUGACGAGCUAAAAUUUUGACAUAAUUCAACCACUACGUUAUCAGAAGUUUAAUUUCCAGCACAAAAUAUGCAUUUUCUAUCUUCAACAUGGAGGAUGAAACCUUCAAAAAAUUAGAGAGAGCAUGACUACUUUGAAAAAAAAAAUCAAAAAGAACACAUCUUUCUUCUGCUUCAUGCAAACGUGGCUCUUCCUCGAUCUUUCCAAAAAAAAAAAGUAAUUUUUGCAACUUCAAGUUCGAAAAAAUAAUCAAAAAGUUACGAAACAUUUUAAUAUAGAAAAAAUCACGAAAAAACAACCAGUACAUUUUCAAUACUUGAUAUACCAAAAAAUAAAACUUGAUCAAGAUUUCAAAAUUUUGACAAAAUAAAGCAGGAUUUUUGGGAAUUUUUGUCAAAAAGUGAGGCUAUUUCACUAUUUUUUGGCCCCAAAAAAAAAGACAAUUUAAAAACAAUUCUUAGGAAGGAAGUGAGAAUUUUUGACAAUUUCUAGCACAAAGCGAGACUUGGGACAUUUUUUGGAAAAAAGUGAGAUUUGGAUUUUUUUUACAAAAAAGUUGACAAUUUUUAGGAAAAAGUGUGGCUUUAAUUUUUUUGCAAAAAAGUGACAAUUUUUAGAAAAAAGUGUAACUUUGAUUUUUUCGCAAAAAAAUGUGACAAUUUUUAGCAAUUUUUGGCAAAAAACGAGAAUUUUAGGCAAUUUUGACAACAGGUAAACCUUUUUGCAAAUUUUGCCACAAAGCGAGAAUUCAAUAAAUUUUAGAAAAUAGUAGAGCAGAAAUUUUUGGCUAAAAGCGAAACUUCUCAACAAUUUUUAGCAAAUUUAAGGUGCUUCUUUUUUACACUUUUUGUGGAAAAAGUACCUAACACUUUUUCACAACUCUUUGGUAAGAAAGUCAGCAUUUUGGUCAAUUAUUUUCAAGUUUUUGAGACUAUAACGUCAUCUUGAAAAAAAAGUCAUUUCGUUAAAUAUUCCAACACCUUUUGUGAGCACGUAUACGUAGUUUUGAAUUGAAAAUCAAACGUGAAAUUACGAUCUGUUGAAAUCGACGGUGUUAAAGACAGAAAUCUACCAGAAAACUCCACAAAUUAGCUAUAACACUUCUUUAUGUGCUUAAAAACAGGCGAGAAAAAAUCCAAAAAUCCAGUUUAUUGAAUUUUUGACCUUAACCAAUCAUUCGAAAACGUUUGAAAAAAAAUACUGAAAAUGGUAGAAAUACAACAAUUUUAUAUUUUCAACAGGAGUUUUCGACUCACACACGAUGUGUAAAAAAUAAAAAAAUGAGAAAAAAAUGGAAAAAAUACCCACAUUGAUCUUUAUUUUUCUACCAAGUGAUGAAUUUACAUGUUUAAAGCAUCAAUCAAGAUUUUCCCCCAGGAGAGAAAGACAAGAAGACAAGUGUAGGCAAAUUUUUCUAGUUCUGAAGUUUUUUCAACAGUAGUUGAAAUAAAAAUUGAACUAGAAGUGUAAAAAUAUUAAUCUUAAAUAAUUAUUCUUUCCUCAGAUUCAUUUUUAAAACAUUUAUUGUUGUUAAAUUUUUCAAAAUCCUACGGUAUCAUUAUUUUCAGGAAGAGAACUUACCAUUAAAUUGAAUUUUUAAGUCAUAAUAAAAUAAUUUCACAACAAAUUUCUUUCAAAAUCACAAAAAAGAACUUUUGCAGCAGUCACUCAAAUGACAAUUUUUUAAAACCAAUUUGUAAAUUCCAACGAAAACCCCCUCUCAUUUAAAAACUUGAAAUAAAAAGUCAAAACUCUGAAAAAAAAAUCAUACGAUAGGUAAUUUUUAUCAAACUCCCACCGAGCAGGUCAAGCUUUGAAAAAUAUUUAGGAAAUUUUUCAAUGUGGUUUUAAAACCACCACAUUGCAUACCGUAUUUUGAUAAUGUAAAACAUAUAAAAGUUACCUUAUAUACUCGUAUAGCCUCGUUUUAGGGAAUUUCUCAAGCUCUAGGAAUGUUUCAUAGACAAACCUAAAGGCAUCCACUUUGUCAAACGUCUUAUUAAUUUUAAAUAUUUUCCAGUCUCCGAUGCACAAAGGUCUUAUAAAGAGGCGACUAGAUGGAAAAAAGUUGUCUUUGUAUUUGGGAGCUUUGGGAUCAACGAAGGGACUAAGACAAGUAUGUAUGUGGCGAAACUACAAAAGGAAUAAUUUAAUAUGGAAUUUCGACAAGGUACCUACUUCGUUGGUUGUCAAAAUAGCGGGUUAUAAUUCACGCACAUUGUGUACACAUAUUACAAAUAGGUAGGUAGCUGCUACAUUUUUACCUUAAUGUAUUGCUUUGUGGAUACAUAAGGAUAUACUUAGGUAGCAUAAGACGAGGGGGGAGAUUUAGAAGACGUUAUUCAAAUCGAUUUAAAACAAGCUUACCGUUCAUUAAAUCGCUUUUAAAUUUCACUGUUCGUUCCAGCGAAAAGCAAUUUUUCCACUUGGAUGGCAUUUUUUAGUUUAAAAUUUUCACCAUAUAGAUUUUAUAAAAGGUUUCGUCGUUCUAGUGACUCAAAAAAAAAGUCUACUUUUUUUUUUCGUCGUCGUCAACUGCCUCCGUCUCGCCGCCUUUACGUAGCAAACGGUCGUCGAAAAUUUAUUCCGAAUGAAAUCAUAAUUCACUUUUUUACACAUUUAAAGGUAAAUACACGUUUUAUGUUUUUAAAUUAUACAGCAUCAUUAGAUUCGAGAAUGAGGAAAAUCCGCGCAAAACGUCGUAAGAGAUAAACGAUUGCGAAGAGAAAAAAAAAUCCCACCUGUUUUUCAAUUAAGACCCCAACUGAAGAGAAAACGAUAAAUAACCUGAAAAUGUAUAAUUUAACGUUUGUCGGAAAAUUCUCCAGGUUUAAGGAUGAUGCGAAUGAGAGAUGCAGUGGUUUUUUUCUCUCCCCUUCCCCCCUCCCUUUUGAGUGCAAAUUUAAUUCUAUAAACGAGUUUAUUUUUUCGCUUGCAUUUUAACGUCGUCGUCGAAUGGCCUACUCUCGUACAAUUUGGCGGUUGGGUAAGUUUGUGGAAAAGGGACACGUGAUGAAAGAGUAAAUGUAAAAGAACACGCUAAGGAUGUUUUAGAUUUUGCAAAGUUAAUAGACUAUGAUAAAAGGAGGAUAAUUCGACGUGUACUUUAUUCGCCUUCGAAUUAAAAUUUCACUUAGUUUUACUCCUGUUAUUUUUUUCAUUUGUGUUCCUGUAUACUCGAAACAUGCGAAGUAACGUUUUUCUCUUUCAAUCUAACUAGUAAUUGGUGAAAUUCGCUUAUUUUGAGUCUUAGUAUGUAUAAAAUGUAAGAGCAAAGUCGAAUUUAAAGUCUAAAAACGUUUCAUUAACCAAUAAGCCAAGCGAGGACGUAUAUAAUGAAACUAAAAUAAACGCACGCACUAGAAUUUGGUCAGUAUUUAUGUCCCUUCGUUUUACCCUACUCUCCUUACUGUAUUUGAACCCGAAACAAAGUUGAUGAGAAAAGAUGCUGGUAUUUUAAAAAUUGAUCUAUUUCCAUUUCGCAAUCGAGAAGACCGUUUUAAAGUUUCUUUCGCAAAAGAUUACGACGAAUUACUCGAGUAUCUCAUAAUGUUUCAGAUCAAAAACGGAUUUAUUAAGUUGGAUAAGUUUUUGAACGUAUUAAUUUCAGCGGAUCAUAACGCUCGUACAACUAAUUUAAUGACUUAAGCCGUGUAAUUGGUUUCGUGUUUCUGCCAAUUAAUACAACAAAGUGUAAUUAAUCGCCGGAACGAUGAAAGCAUUUAAUCGCCCAAUCAAGAAAGAUAUUCCGCUCGAAAACAAACUCCAAAAUACUCGUAUCUAUAUUAUAGUUACUCGUCGAAAACAAAAAUGAAGAGGGAAAAAAAAGAUGUACCGAGUUAAACUUUUUCUUUCAAGAUGGUCUCGUUACCCAAAUUACUAGUUAUAGUAUAAGUAAGCUGAACGUGGAAAAACUGAAAGAGAAAAUUUUUAAUAUUUUAUCUUCUCAUCGAAACCAAAACGAAGUAAAGGAGGGAGUCAGUUUUUCAAAAAUAUGUGCGUAGGAGUUACUUAUUAUAGGCUAAGCUGUAGUCUUUGCUUUUGAUAUUCGAGCAGCAGAACAAGAGUUUGAAAUUUUCCCUUUUUUCGUAGAAUUCGCGUAUUUUUUUUUUUUUUAGGACGAUCUCGAUAGAGAAUAAAAUCUUAAUUAAAUUUUCAAUUAUUUCCAUACACAGAGAGGAAAAGAAACUCGAGUAUAGAUAGCUCCAUGGUCAAUGGUAUAAUCUUAUAGUACCUACUAUAAGAAGCCCGAGGGAACUGGGUUCUCUUUUUCGUGAGUAAACUUAUUAAUUUCAAGAACAAAAAUAUCGAGCCAUUAACUUCUUUUGUGUUGGCAACGCCUUAGCUUCGAGAUUAAAGGAAUUAUUUUCGGUUUUAUCCGAUGGCGAAUCCGGGUGUAAAUUGACCGUUUUGACGUCGAGAUGAAAAUUUUACAGCGUCGAGGAUGAAAGUUCGAUGGUAAGGGGAAAGCUUGAGAUUUUCAAAUUAAGAAUUAACUACUCGAAAAGACUCGUGAAUGUAAUGAAAAUAAUGUAGGUGUACUUACUUUCAAUUUCUGUAUUCUGAUUUUUUUUUCAAAUUCAUAAGACGAUUUUCUUGCAUCCCAGUAGAUCAUUUUUCUUCGUCAGGAAAAUCAAGCAUCGAUGAAACUUGAUUCUAAAAAUAUUGUUACUUACUUUUCCAGCCUUGUGCAACAUUUUAUCGCAUACAUUUCAUUCGAAGGAAAUUUUCAAUUUUUUUUUUUUAAAGAAAAGAAAUUCUUGGAAGGCAGGAAUCUUGCCGGCAGUAAAAUUUUUGAAAAUGGCAAAACUGAGCCAAAAAAAACGUGUAAAAAUACAUCAUCAGCCCAAAUUUCGGAUGCCAAAGUGUACUUUUCGAUUUUAAAAAUCUUUGGUCCAAAAAUCAAAAGUUUACCAAACUAAACUAUAAAUCUGAAAUUUGGCUUGAGUCUUAUUUUUGAUCACUCGAAUCGAUAGGAAACGGUUUCGAACCGUUUGGAGGACUUCUGGAGCCUCCAGCAGAUUUUUGAAAAAUGAAAUUUCCACAAAAGUAAAAAGCUGAAAUUUCCUUUAUAUCUCACUACAAAUCCAAAGUGCUGGGCCAAUUGGCAUUUAUUCAUGCUAGAGUCAACAUGAACGGAUUUUAGGGCAUUUUUUCGAAAAUCAGAAUUUUUUAAAAAAAGUCACUGGAGACUCCAAGAACGACUGAAAAUGACCUAUAUAGUCAACUCAACAUGUUGAAAUAAGAGUCUAAAGUAAAUUUUAGUUUUUCAAUAGCCUAAAAAACAGUAAAAAAUAAUUUCCAGGAUACAUGUAUCAAGUGUUGAAAAAUCACAGGGUCUAUCAUGGUAUUUUAUGGACCACAAAUAUUUGAGAAAUUGUCCAAAAAUGGUAAAAAAAUGCGUUGAGCAACUAAAACUUUGGAAAUCGACUUUUCUAGUCACAGUUUGAAUUUCCUGGAGAUAAGUCAUGAUUUUGAGUCUAGGCAUCCAAAAAAGAAUUUUUUAAGUCCAAAGUUUUCAAAAAAAAAUUCCCCAAAAAUGGUCAAAAACUGUGAUUGGGCAUCUACAACUUGGGAAAUCGCCUUUUCUCAUCACAAAUUGAGUUUCCUGGAGUUUGGGCACAAUUUCGAGUCUGAGCAUCCAAAAGCGUUUCAAUUUAGUUCCAAAAUUUUCAAAAGAAUUGCUUAAAAAUGGUCAAAAAACGACAUUGGCAAGCUGCAACUUUUGAAAUCGUCUGAAACUCGACUUUCGACAAUAAAAGACAAUUUCCAAAGUCGUCCAAAAUUGUCGAAAAAUUUCUCAAAAAUGAUCAAAAAACGAGAUUAGCCAGCUGCAGCUUUUGGAGCCACCUGAAACUUGACUUUUGACUAGAAAAAAACGAUCCAUAAAGUCGUGUUUUUUGGAUAAUUUUUCGAAUAUUCGAUGGCCCAAAAAAUACCUCAUGAGCUCCAUGACUUUUGAUGUAUCCUAGAAAUUAUCAUUUUAUUGUUUUAGUCACAUUUUCAAAUUUUUUUUAUCGGCAGAAUUGGACAAAAUUUAAAAUUUUGAGACCUCUGGACCCCUUAGUUUCGGAAUUGGACAGAUAUAAAUUCUACUUGGGGGUCUUCUACUUUUGGAAAAAAAAUCAGGUCAAGUAGGUUAAUGUACACUUGUCUUUUGAGGUUCCCUUGUGAGUUGAAUUUUUCAUGCUCAAAAUUUGAAACGGUGCUGUAGAAAGUCCAAGUAUAUGGAGCACCUCUCCCUUCACAAAUUCUUGGAAAAAUUUCAUUUUUGUUUCUGAAAAAGAAUUGGGGGUUGUGCACUUUGAAUACAAUUGGUCUCCUUCCAUAAAGAGGCAGCCGACGAGUGUGCACAACACUGUUUGUCAGUCUCAUUUAGGGCCAUCAACUGACGAAAUUGAUCAACAGGAAGCUGACUUACCUGAAUGUGGUUGGCCAAGGAUAAAAUCUUGGUCUUAAAGUAGCAAUUUACCAAAAAUAAAAAAUUUAUACGACGAAACAGCGAGAAAUUUCAUAAAAAACAUUCUUCAGAAGGGAUAAUAAAACAAGUUAUAUGGAUCAACUUUGAACAUUUGCAGCAUCGAUGAUCGUUGAGAUUUGAAUUUGAGGCGAAAAAAUGUUGAAAUUCCUGCAGGAAUUCGCAAACACUUUCAAGAAAUAAAAAUUUUUGAAAGUAUACGUCAUCAAAAUGACAUUGGCUAUUUCACAAACAUCUCGUUGUUCAAACCUGCUGGGCAGUUUUACGAACCCAAAUUUAGAGGGUGUAUACCCAAACAACUUCUGACGAAAAAAAAGAAGAAAAAACAUUUUGAAAUUCUAUUAUUCAAAAUUCAUCAACUUAAAUACCAUUGGAAUUUAGAAAUUAAAUAUUUGUCAUCAUUUUAAAAAUUAAAAAACUUCUGACAACAAAAAACCAUUUAAAAAAUUCAUCAACUUAAAUACCAUUGGAAUUUAAAAAUUAAAUAUUAGCUAUCAUUUUAAAAAUUAAAAAGCUUCUGCAAAAAAAAAAAAAAAUUGAAAUUCUAUUAGGGCUACUUAAAAUUCAUCAACUUGAAUACAAUUGGAAUUUAAAAAUUGAAUACUUAUUUGACAUAAAAAAAAAAACAUUUGAAAUUAUAUUAUCUAGAAUAUAGAUAUCAUGGAAUUCAAAAAUCAAAUAUUUGUAGUCAUUUCAAAAAUUAAAAAUUUUCUGACGAAAAAAAAAUUGAAAUUUUAUAAUUAAAAUUCAUCAACUUAAAUACCAUUGGAAUUUAAAAUUAAAUAUUUGAGGAGCGAUAUUCCAAAACGCCCUUAGUCCACUUUUUGAAAUUUUACAGGAGAAGGAAAAAACGUGGUACGUAAGAGGUUACGUUACAUUUGGCAUUGGUGAUUGUUCUGUUACCUACCCAAACACUUCCCUGGUGCUAUGCUUUAAACAUUUUUACGCGAUAUGUUGAUUAGUGCCUUUGAGCGUUCAUGAAAGUGACCUAUGUUGACAAAGGCCGUUUUGGAAAAUUUUUUUCAAAAUGUAAAGUGAUUAAUGUUUCAAUAGCUAUUUCUCAACUGUUCGUCGAGAUUAUUUUUUUUAAAGUUGUUUUUCAUUUCAUCGGGUGAAAGGGGUUUUUCAACUUUUCCGACAGAUAGGUACGUAAAAAUAGGGGUCAAAUGGGUCAACUUCACCUAUAAAAACUUUUUUUCAUGUUUUGAAUAAAAAAAUCGCGUUUUUUUGCAAACUUGAAUUUUUUAAAAUCGACUUUGCAACAUGUUACCAUGCCACUUUUUUAAUAUUAUGUUGUUCAGCAUAAAAAGUUGUGCAUGAUAUAUUUUUUUCAGAAUUUUUGAGAGUCCGAACGAUAUGAAAACUAUGUUUUGAAACUUUUUGAGCUAAUUUUUUGUACAAUAUAAAGUGGCAACACCAGGCAUCGUAGCCGGUCACUUUUAUAGUGACUUAAGUCACUUUUAUCACGAAAUGUAACUUUUGGUAACUUUUUUCAUCAAAAAAUCACUAUUGGUCACUUUUCUUCCAAAAAAAGUCACUUUUUUGUUUUUUUUUCGUUUUUUACUUAAACAAAAUUUUCAUCCAAAUUAGGCCUAUCGUUUUUUUACUCAUUUUCAAAGGAUUUUAAUGACAAUUUUCUUUAUUAAACAAUUUCAGAAUUUUAAGAACACAAAUUUUUACUUUUCGAAACAUCAAUUUUCGAAAGCUUUUGCCCUCGCUUCGCUCGGGUUUGUUUCUUUUCUUUUUCAAAAUAAAGAGAUUUUUUUUUAAAAAUCAAGUUCUAAAGCCAAAAAAUAAACUUCUUACAAAAAAACAUGUUUUUUUGCCUCUCAAAAUACAAAUUUUCAAGAGCUUUCGCCCUUGAUUAGGCCUAUCUUUUUUCAUUUUCAAAAUCAACUUCCUUCAAAAAAACAUCAUUCGAAUUCUAAAAUUUUAAAAAUAAAAAAAUGAACUCCUCGUUCUUACAUUUUUGUUUUUAAACGGAUUUUCCGGUGGGGCCAGGCGGGAGAAUAAAGUAAUAAUUUCUAGGUGAGAUAUUGAAAGUUUUUUUGCUUUUGUUUUUCGAUUUUUUGCUCUCCUGAACGCUGGAAUUUAAAAAAAAAUGGUCACUUUUUUCACUGAUAAAAGUCACUAAAGUCACUUUUUUUAGAAAAAUUUGGCUACGAUGCCUGGGCAACACUGAUUUUUAAGAUAUCACCAAAAAGCCUUUCAAAACCCUAACUAUGAGAAAAAGUUCCAUUUCGAUAGGUAUCGCGGUUAUAUUGAGUAAUCCACUGUUGAAAUGGAUGAUAUUUGAGGAUCACUGAAACUGGCUACCUUUAAAAAUGGGCUAGAGGGAUGCGAUUUGCACCAUUGGUCAUCCCUUCGGAAGGUCUUUCCACAGGAAAAAUUUCAAAAAAAUCGCCGAACCCCCUACCACUUCUUGGUCCAAUUGACGUGGAAUAGCCCUGCUCUUUAAUUAAAACACAUUUCCAACAAUCACUGGAUAAAGGCCGUUUUGGCGGGACUUUCAUUUUUUAAUUUUUUUAAAAAUUGGCUUUUUAGAUGGGAUUCGCGCUGUAUUUGGGUAGAUUAGAAGUGUAGGUAUGAAAGUCCAUACAUUAUCCACCAGAAGGCGCCAAAAAACGCAAUUCGAAAAAAAUGGUCUUAAGUGCGUUUUGGAAUAUCGCUCCUCAUUUGUAAUCAUUUUAAAAAUUGAAAAACACUUCACGCAGGUACGGCAGGUAACACUGUAGAGGUAACUUUUCAUCAUUGGUUCAUCUCGAGAGGAUAUUUUUCAACCCUGUUUUCUAAUAAUCCACUGCAUCAAAAUUGUUUCCAGUCUUGAAAGUCGAAACCCCAGCAAUACGUUAUAUUGUUACGAUUGCGAACAAUUCAAAAGAGAGAGAGCUGCAAAAAAAAAAAAAAAAAGAAUUCGCAUUUACGACGACACACAACGCAUUUCUCAAUAGUUACACUAAAACUAACGAAAAGAACAACCUAAUAAAGCAUACCGAUGCUACACAAUGAAAUUUCCUGGAAUUUCAAUUCGUACAAUUUAUAUCUACAAUCUACGUAGCGUUUAUAGUAAAAAAGAACCGUCUUCGCCAUAAAAUUAGCUUGAAAUAAAAAAUAAAAAAAAUCCACUAUCAUGUAACAACUCGAAGAAAAAUCCAUCCUCCGGCCAUUUAUGUUAUACCAUUUUUCAUUAAUGAUCGUUUACUGUCUUCCAUUACAUUCUAAAUGCUCUUAUUUUAUUAUAAUUGAACCUGUAAUUAAUAUAUUUAACAUAAUAACGUUUAUUUUGUUGUUAUACUUUAUAAUCUUUAUUUUUAUCCGCUAAUAUAAAGUAAUUUUUUUUUUUUAAUCGUUAGGAAAUGGUGUAAUUUUUGUUCUUUUUUUUUGAAAUUUUGUAGCACACUAUUUUCAUUGAUUUAUUAUCGUUUUUUUUUUGUUUCUUUGUUUUCGUUCAUUUUGUUAUUCUUUACAUUGGAUAUAUACUUUUUAACUGUUAUCAUAUUAGUUUCUUUUAUAAACAAUGUUUUUUUUUUCGUUUGUUUUUUCGUUCUCGUUCAUUUACAUAAAUUGUACGGUGUUUUCCCACACAUACGCGUAUAUAGAGAUAAUUAUAUUAACAUGUUGAUUUUUUUUCUAAAGGUAAUGUUAAUUCCAAAUAUCAUUUAAGUUACCAUGAAAAUAAUUUUUAACUAUGUUAACAUUUUGAUUACUGUGUAGAUUCUCUCACCGAAAUGGUCACUCUUCUAUACCAGGCCUAAAAAAUAUAUUAUGUAUUUUGCGUAUAAAACGAUAAAAUUUCAAUUUCGCAUAUUUUCCUAUAUAUUUUCGAGGAUGUACGCUGUGUAGUUGUUUUUCUUAUUUUUUUUCUCCGCAUCUUCUGUGAGUUGAAUGGAAUUUGUAAAUUUUAUACAUAUAAUUUACAAAGAAAUCUCCAAAGCUGAGAAAAAAGGUUACGGUUAAGAAAAAAAAAAAAAAAAAACUAUUUUCUCGACUUAUAAAAAGAAACCUCUGAAAAUAUUUUCAGUCCUAAAUUCUCAGUAAGCAUAUGCGAUUUAGCUUCCAUAUCGAAAUUAUGAACUGAAAAGUUACUCGGUUUUCGUUAUUCUUAACAACGUUUUUAAACUCGAAUUAAAUCGAAGAAAAAAAACUACGAGAAUUUCAAAUGAAAUGGAGAUAAUUUGGUAAGUUUAUUUCAACUUUUUUUCGAAGAUUUUUUUUCUCGUGUACAAUUUUUUUCAUCUUCAAAAAUCCUAUUUAGUUUGGAUCGUUUACAAAAUUUUAUCACAUAUAUUCAGCUGUAUUGAUACCUAAUUUUUCAAACUGACAUAUGUAAAUAUGUACCUCAAGAUGGGUCUUCAGUUUGUGAAUUUCAAAAUAAAGCUACAUUGAAUCCAAAAUCUUGUCUCAAAAUAUUGAUUUUGACCCUUUGGGACUCGAUGGCACAAAAAUUAUUUUUUUCAAUUUUUUUAAAAUAUUUUUUAUGACUGAACGAAAUUGUGAAAAUAUUUUCUAUCUUUGAAAGUAAAACUGAUGUCUCAUAAACUAUAAAUUUCCAAAGAAUUUUCACAAAAUUUUAGAACACGAGAAAAAUUUGGAAACGAGAUUCGGUCAAAUCUCACUUUGGAAUUCCACUUUGACAUGAUCAAAAUAAAUUCUAAUUUCAAAAUGAAUUUAAAUCAAAAAUUGAAUCCCCUCCCAAAAAAAAUCAAACAAAUUCUCAAAUAAAAAUUCUAAGAUAACCUAGAAAGAUAAAAGAAAAUCUUCUGUUCAAAACACCCUAACUCUCUCACCUUUAGACACCUCUGCUCCAAAUUCCAUUGGCUUUUCAACAAAAUCUAUUCCCAUUUUGCCACCUCGCGAGCAUCCAAAUUACACACGAAUACGAACCGCUGACCAAAAAAAAACACUUCAAACAGGCAUAAUUAAUUGACGUAAUCCUCUUCUUAGUGAUGCUAAUCGCAACAUGUCGAUAUGAAAAUGAACUGAUGGCCGUAUUCAACACCUAUCGACUCGAGAGUACUACUCGCAUAUCUAAUGCACUGGCCAGGCUUAAUUCAUUUAUACAGAUAUUGAAGUCCGGACCCUAGGCUGCUUUGAAAUUCAAACGCUCGCACGAAUCGAGUCGAGCUUAUGAUUAACGCAAUUAAAUUUUGAGAACCUCGAAUGAGCAACGAGCUAUCGCAUUAUGGAAAACAACCAAACCAUACUCUCUCGUUAAUACAUAAAUCCUGCUCUCCCUCCACUCGUGAUGAGCUCUGCUCUCGUUGAAAUUAUAUAAUCUCGACGAGGAAAAAAUCUUCUAUACCGAUUUUUUUGUCAGAAUAACAAAAGAGGUUUAUUGUGUUUGAAAACAUUAAGAAAAUAAAUUACCGAAAAAUUCCACAUUUCAUCCGAAACAGCGCUACUCAAUUGUACCAAAAAAAGAGAAAAAAAAUUACGUUGCUUUUGUAAAACAUGGCGGAAGAAGUAAACUUACCCCUCAGACUACAUCUCACCGUCGUCGUCGUAUAUUUUGGCUAAAUUAAGAUAAAACCGCAUUACCUUUAUUGUUAUCAAGAGUUAACAGAACGAAAAUUGUAUAUUUUUUCACAAAGAAGAGUAAUUUACAAAGCAACUUUUCCUACAACGAGACGCGAAAAGAAAAAAAUUGUUAAACGCGAAGAUUUCUUUUUUUUUUUAUUUAUUUUGCGCAAAUACCUUGCAGAAUAUAAGUUCGAGUGGAAAUGAUUUAUUCUCGAGAUUUUUCAACCUUAAUUUUUUUUUCGCUCGGUUUUACACGAAACUGCAGUUCCAAGCGAUUCUCAAAUAAUAUUUCGUCGCGAGGUUUUUCUCAACUCGUUAUGAUAUAGUGAAAAGUAUGUAUUUUAUGGCUCACUGGUAUCGAAGAAAUGGGAUGAUCUAUAAUAAUUUCGAUGUAUCAACGAGCUACCGGAGAAGUGGGCUUGUUAUGGUGUAAAAACUUACAACAAAGAAAUUUGAAAUCUUCAUUGUUACAAAAUUUCUUUUAUAAUUUGACAAUUCUUUCAAAUUGGCUGGUAAAUUAGAGCAGAGGAUAAAAAAAGUUGUUCAUUAUUAUAUCUGAAAUUUCAGUACGAUCCUAUACAAAUUUUCUAGUAUCGAGCGACUCGAAUAAAUAAUUCGAAAAUACACCCGAAGGUUUUCGGUUGGAACAGUUCAUGAUUUUGCAUUAAAAAUUCAUUUUCUAGGUUGGUUUCAAAAUUUGAAAAUUUUCUUCGAGAUUUGCUUUACGAAAUUUGAGGAAAAAAUUUGAAAAAAAUGCACAAAAAUUUGCUCAAGAAUUUGAAAGAAGAAAAACAAAAUUCAUAGCUCAUCAUUUGAUUCAAAAAAAAAAAAAAAAAAAAAUCAAUAGGUUGAAAGGAGGAGUCCCGAUAAGGCCACUUUUUGGGCCCCCCAAAGUUAUCGACUCGACUACUCUUAAAAUGUUGUAAUAAAUGUCCCAAAUACGAAUCCGUGAUUAGUUAACCCAAAAUGACCAUUUUUGGGCUCCAGGGGUUCCCAAAGUUGUGAAUAAAAAAAGAAUUUUAGGAACCACUGAGUAUUAUUUUCAAAACCUUUUCAAGCGUAAAAUAUCUGUUUGAGCCCGAUAAACGUUAUGCGAGGUGAUUUUGCUAUUUUCGACCCUCAGAGGCAGAAAUUGGGGGAUUUCAAUUUUUGGAAAAUUUUGGAAUCGUCAUUUUGACCUUACCUCUUUGAACCCCGCUAAAAAGCUUUUUACAGUUUAUUAGUAUUCGAAAGAGCUUCAUCUCACCAAAUUUUGAGCUCAAUAAAAUUUUCCGCUGGUACUCAAAAAUCCAAUUUUCGAAUUUUUUGUAAUUUCAAUAUUUUGGGAACCCCUGGAAAGCAGAAAAUAUGCGAUUUGCGCCAAACGUAAUGUUUUGAGGUGUAUAUUCCAUUAUCUAGAUGAAAAAGUUCAACUGAGCUCCCUUUAUGUUUGUAAUUUUGAACCCCCUUUUUAGAGGCCCCCACUUUAGGCACCCCUAAAAACAGUGUUCAUGCAUAUUUUUUUUAAUAAAUUGAAUAAUUUACAUUAGAAACACAGUAGGAAGAGGUAGAUAAUUUUUCAUUCGAUUUCAUCUGUAACUUUCAAAAUUAAGCUUUUUUGGGGCAAAUUCUGGGAUUUUACUCUUUGAAAAAACGUUUAAAUGACGUUUUCACGAUUUAAACGAAGUAAAAUCUCAGAAUUUGACCCAAAAAAGCUUAAUUUUGGAAGUUACAGAUAAAAUCGAAUGAAAAAUUAUCGAUCUCUUCCUAGUGUGUUUCAAACUUAAAUUCUUCAAUUUAUUUGAAAAAAUAUGCAUAAACUCCUUUUUUAGGGGUGCCUAAAGUGGGGGGCUCCAAAAAAAAGGGUUCAAAAUUACGAAUAUGCAGGAAGCCUAAUUAAACUUUUUCAUCUAGAUAAUUGAUUAUAUACCUCAAAACGUUGCGUUAGGCGCAAAUCGCAGGUUUCUAGCUUUCCAGGGGUUUCCAAAAUAUCGAAAUUACGAAAAAUUGGAAAAUUGGAUUUUUGAGUACCAGCGGAAAAUUUUAUUGAGCUCAAAAUUUGGUAGGAUGGAGGUCUUUCAGAUACUAAUGAACUGUAGAAAGCUUUUUGGCGGGGUUCAAAGGGGUAGGUUCAAAGUUGUGGCUCCAAAAUUUUCCAAAAAUCAAAACCCCCCCAAUUUCUGCUCCCGAGGGUCGAAAAUAAAAGAAUCACCUCACAUAACGUUUAUUGGGUUCAAACAGAUAUUUUACGCUUAAAAAGUUUUUGAAAAUAAUUGUCAAUGGUUCCCAAUGUUCUUUUCUUAUUCACAACUUUGGGAACCCCUGGAGCCCAAAAAAUGGUCAUUUUGGGUUAACUAACCACGGAUUCGUAUUUGGGACAUUUAUUACAACAUUUUAAGAGUAGUCGAGUCGAUAACUGUCCGGGGCCCAAAAAACGGCCUUAUCGGGACUCUCCUUUGAAAAAUAAAUCAAUUUCUCAUCAUUUUCUCGGUGUUUGUGAUAAAACGAAAAAAAUCUCAAGAAAAAAAAUGAAACGAGACCAAAAAAUCGCAAUAAAACUAAUGAGUUGAAAUGUCAGAAAAUUUAGGAUACGAUCAAACAUCAAAAUAAAAUAGAAAAACUAUUUAUUAAAAAAAAAAAAAAAAAAAGAAGGAAAGUCCCAAAAAUAUGUUUUAUUACCUGAAAGAAUUAUCAGAAUAGAAGCAAUUUUUCACUUUCACCCCUUUUUUGAAGUAGGAGAGUUAAAACACAAUUAUUACAAUUCAAUUGAGCCCAAAAAAUAAAACUUUCAUUUCUGAAAAAUUUUUCUUGAGAAAGAAAACAAAAAAAAACAAAUGCACGAUAUGACGAUCCACCUCAUCCCCUCUCUCUUUCAAAUUACUCUUAUGUGAUGUAUUUCGAUAAAAUGUAAAUUUAUUUGCGUCUUCCAAGCAUGACCAUCUACGGUGCAUUAUUUUGAAUAAAAAUUAUUCCGGAAGGACACAUCGAAAAUGGCAGGAUGAAAGGUUCAUGAAUUAGGUAACAUUUUUCUCAUUGUUUUCGAUUCAUUUUUCACCCCCUAAGAUGUAUACGGUGGUAGAUAUUUUGUAAUAAAUACACAAUCACCUAUGAAUCUUAAUACACCACGUUGACCUAUAAUAAUUAUUUCAUCUUUUUUUUUCACCGCUCCGCAGAGAAGUUGCGCGAAUACAUUUUCAUAAAUUAUGCAAAUCACUGUUCGUAUUCGAAAAAUUUAAUUAAAUCUUCGCUUUUUAAAUUUAAUAAUAGAAAAAAAAAGAACAAUGCAACUCGAAUAUUCUAAUAAUUUAAUUUCUUUCGUUAAAUUUAAACUUUUUAAUCAAGUUUUAUAGUCAUGUAUCUUAUUUACUUUGGUUUUCAAUUUCGUCUCUCGAUCGAGCUGUGUGAUUGGCCAAGGAAAAAAAAACUUCAGAUUUUAGAAAAAAAUCUAAUCGUAAUAAGAAAUUUUUUUAUUCAAAUUAAAACGUAUUUUUCUAUCGUAAAAAAAAAUGGAGAAAAUUUAAAAAAUCGAUUCCAAGAUUAUAAUAUAUUUUGUCGUCGGCGUAAAUUGUAGCUAAAAAUACGAUUUCUGAGUAGAAUUCGAUUAAGCAAAGAGAACAUUUUCUGGUUAAAAUUAUUUCAAUUUUGUUUAUAAGUUGACGGAAAAGGCAAGAAAAGUUUACAGGGUUGAGGAAAAAAAAUCCAUGAAACGGUGUCGCGCUUAUGCAGAUAGUUUAUUCUUUUACGAUUGGCAAAUACUAUGGAAAAAAGUAAAUAAGGUGGUAACAUUUUUAAUAAAAUUUUCAGUGGUUAUCCACUUUAAAAACAAAGAACCCAUGUGUACAGCCGAAUAAGAAACGCUUACAAAGCUGCUUUACCUUAACCGAACCCAUUGGGCAUUCAUAAAAAAUUUAUAACUGCAAAAUAGUCGCAGCAUGUUGUGCUUUGUGUCAGCAGUUCUCUCGGCUUUUUCUUGAUGAAUAAUUUAGUUUCACGUUUUUGAAAAUUAAUUCUCCUCGCAGACUUUCCAACUUACGCAUAACGGUUCGAGUGAAAAUCAUUAUUACAAAUUUUCAACCGUUUAAAACUCGCGAAAUACGUAUUAUAUAGCCUUUUAGAGUGUUUCAAAUUAACUGUGUCUUUUAAUUUUGGCAAAAAGGGACCAAAAAUGCAUAUGCGAAAUGUUAUUAACGCUUUCAAAGCUUACGUUACGUUAGGUAGGUACUACGAGCAUGAAACAGUGCGAUUAAAUCAGCGUACAUUCUAUGCCUACUACGUUGUAAUAAUAAUAAUAAUAAUAAUUCAUAUUUUGCGAUCAAAUUGAAAUUUUAUCGAUGUUUGCGCGCCCAAGAAAUGUUGCAAUUCUGUGAAAAAAUAUUUACUUUAAGGGUGUUUUUUUUUUCUUGUUUUAGGUACUUGUUCACAUCUGUUAUACAUAAACGUGUAUGUAUAAAUUGUUUCAUUUACAUUUUUAUUUAUUCUAUUUUCGUUUUUUUUUUUCGUUUUGUUCAAUACUUUACCACAAAUUUUACAUGUACAAAUUAUAUUGCAUUUUUUUAUUUCCUAUUUUAUUUUCUUUUUUUUUCUCGAAUAGAUAAUGUGAAAAUUUAUUUCAUUGAUUUUUAUUAUAAUGUAUUAUACUGUAAUAAUUCUGAAAAAAUUAAAUAAAUUUCUUACCCAUA